AUUCUCGGAAGUUGAAUGACUAAUUAAUAUUUCGUUAAUGUGGAUGGAACGCUAAGUGAGUGGGGAUUUGGGAGGUGGGGCUACACUGAAACGUGGUAGGCGGUGUUGAUGCCACUGCGACUGGGGUCGUCGUUCUUGUCGCCGGAUCGCCAUAGCCACCAAGCUUGAAGUUCCAAGCUCGGUUUUCAGGGUGUAUGCGCUUGUCAAUUUGUCGUGUUCUGGAUGUGGGAGACACGAAGGAAGGAAUGCAGAUUUCUUUGGUUUUCCUCGUCUUCGUUUCGAUAUUGCUGAUGUUCUAAUUGAGUCCCCUUGCGGAUUCCAUGUGGUAGUAGGCUACGGCCAUGGCCAGGUUGCGCCAGUUUCUUGUAACGUAGCAGGGGAGAGAGGCAAUCAAACUUUGAAGAUUCGGCGCUUGUUAAUGUUUGCUGUUCGCAUUCUGGAGUGUCUGGCUCUUUGGUAUGGUUCUGGCAUUAAGCAGGAAUUUGGAGCACUCAGCAAAUGGCCUGCAGGUGAAGUAGUGUAGCUGGAUUUUUGCGCAUCAUUCGCAAAUUGUUUUGGGCGUCAUAUACGUUGUCACAGAGUAUGUGGGUGCCAGGGUUUCGUUUACUUCAAUUGUAGAGAGCUUUGUAUAUUUAGCUACAGCUCUAAAUGCAUGGUUUCGUUACUCCCAUCAUGGAUCAUCGUGAGAGAAGGCAGACGUUUUGCGUGGACGGGUUACUGUGAGACAAACGUCUUCAAAUUUUUAGCUCAGCAAAGGACAUUAAUAGCGUGAGAAGAAACUAUUGGGGACGAUCGUCGCUAGCUGAACACAUCAACUUGCAAUCGAUUGCGCUAGCAGAUGUAUACGGAAUGCUGUCUCAUCGUCAACGGGAGCCCUCUGAUUUCAUCCAAACUUUAUUUAGAGAUUGGACUUUCUUUGCUUGCCAAGCAGUAGGUGUAGUAUCUUCUUGUUUGCCCGAAUUUCCUGUGGUCGCCAAUAAAAUGCGGAAUAAAGAGGUAUCCAUAGAGUUUUGGUAGCAGUGAAUUGGAGCAUAUCGUCAUCUUCAUAAAACUUUUAGUUCUGUAAUUUCAUUGAAAGAAAAUGAUUCUUGAAUACGAUGGUAGCCGAUACCUUGGUAGGUGAGUUUGAUGACGACGAAGUGGACAUGGUGAUUGCGACAACCAAAAAUUAAUUUUUGUGUCACUAGUCAGGAGCAUUUCGAAUGUUACAUAAUGGCGGCCUCGAGCAAUUCUUGGCUUCACCAGAAUCUUCUUCCUCAGCACAAUACGCAGCAGCAGGGAUCUCCUCAUUCUCUAUUUCAUCAUUCUGAGUUUCCACUUCAUGUUGACUCCACACAGCCGGGUCCCUUGCAACACAUGAACCUUGGUCAUGGCGGUCAUGGCAUAGAUUCGCAUCCUCCUCUACACCACGGGAUGCACUCUACUCUUCACAUGUCCGUAGAGCUGCAGCAACAGCAGCAACAGCUUCAACACCCUCACCCCCCGGUGCAAGUGGGCUCUGGAACCAGUGGAAGAGCUGUAGGACCAACCGAAAAUGGAGACACUGCAUCAGUGAGGAAGGUACACAAGGCUGAUAGGGAAAAGCUUCGAAGAGAUCGAUUAAAUGAACAGUUUGGGGAAUUGGCUGGCGUCCUUGAUCCGGAUCGACCUAAGAAUGACAAAGCGACCAUUCUUGGAGACAGUGUACAAGUUGUAAAGGAUCUGCGGUCUGAGGUCAAACGCUUGAAAUGCGAGCAGACUUCCCUUCUGGAUGAGUCACGUGAUCUUCAACAAGAAAAGACGGAGCUUCGAGAGGAGAAAGCAGCGCUCAAGACAGAAACAGAACAGCUUCAAAACCAGCUGCAACAACGUCUGCAAGGAAUGUUACCAUGGAUAUCCAUGGACCCUACCGCAGCUCUGAUGGGAGCUCCCCCCUACCCCUACCCUCACCCCCACCCCAUGCCGGUUCCUCAACCCCCGUCUUCCGCUGUACCAUCGAGCACUCCGCCAGCUAGUGAGCCUGCACCAGCUGUGCCAACUUCCCAACCUCCUGUAGUUGGGCCCUCUCCUUUCCUCUCUCUCGCACCCCCUGGCGUUUACAUGCAUCCAUAUGCCAUUUACGGUGCCCGGCCUCCCGAGAGAGGACACCCGUACAUGCCCUACCCUCCUUACUCCGCCUCCGUUGGCAACCACUCGCACGUCGAGAGGCCGUAUGCUCAGUACCCUUCCCCUAUGUCCACCAUGCCUGGAUACAUGGUACAGAUGCAGCCACCGCCACCGCCGUAUGCUGUACCAGGUAUGACCCUUGUGCCACCAGGCCAGCAGCCCAGGGGUCCGCCUCACAGUACUUACCCACCUACGAGUGGGCCAGAAACUGCCUCUCUAGAGCCGCAGGGAGUGGAGACCAGCUUGCAGCUUCAAACUCCAGGAGGUUCCUCUCGUCCUCCUUCAGCAUCCGAACAGCCUCCCUCUCAACGCGGUGAAGACUCAAAUAAAAUACCUGAGGUAGCAGAUUUAGAAUUGACACCACCAGGCACGAAAGAAGCUGGUGAUCAAGCCGUGUCCAAACCAGAUGAAAUGAAUGGUGGUGACGCCAUUUCAUCGCUAACGCUAGCUUCCAAAUCUCUGCAAUCGCGGACGGAUGAUGCCCCUUUACCUUCUAGAAGAUCAGAAUCAAAUUUGGAAGAAAGUCGACCACAUGGAAGUACUUUGGAACCAAGCCCAAGUCAAGCAACUGAAUAGCUGCCUAAGCAUUGAUGAAAUAUUCCCAUCUCUUCAAUCUCACAAUGCGCAGCGAAUAAUUAAAUCAAGGAGAGCCUACCUCGCGUGGUUGCGUUGGAUCUGCAUACAUGGCAGACAACAUUUCUAGCGAAGCCUUGGCCACCUGGUCUGUCUUCAACAGCACCCUCUUGUUCCUUCUUCCUCCUGCUCUCGGAUCUUAAUCAUUGUAGCUUCCAUCUUAAUGUCAAUUUAACAGCUCGCUUCACGGCAUUGGUCAUUGGGUGGGAAUGCAGCAGCUUUCGAUUACCUAUACCUUGACGCGGCCCUCACCUCCUACACCCUUGGUCGAUUGGUGUGUGGAGAUUUGGCCUACCACCUGCGGUUGAGUUCCAACCCCAAGUUCUCAUUCAAAAUUGGUAAUCUCGAACCUGAGGUGCACUGUAUGUGAAGUUCACCGUAUAUUCUGCACCGGAUCCGCAUCCGCUUAACUUUGUGCAGGCUACUGAGAGAACAGAACUGGGCGGCAAGCAGCCAGUGUUGACUGCCUUGAUUCUGAGGAGAGGAAUCUUGUGAGAUACCUAGUGAGAAGGAUCACAUUGCUACUCUUUACAACGUGGGAAGAUGGUUGAUCAUACAGGUGAAAAUAUGAUGACUGAAAACCUUAUAGGUGAUCAGAAGCAUGUCAUACGUCACUUCUGUUGAGAUAUCAAUGAAAAAUUAGUAGUUGUAUUCACUAAUUGAUGGUUGAAUGGAAGCAUAAUUCCAUGGUUCCAAGCUGAUUUUUUUUUUGAA